AUGUAUCGAUUGGAUUAAUUGAAAUCAACUGAAAAUAAGAAAUAUAUUGUUAUGUUAAGCACAGCCUAAUACAGGCGUUAUUGCAUAUUUCAUUUAAUUAAACGAAAAAAUUCUUAUUGGAAAAAUGAUACUCUAUGGUAUCAUACAGAUAGGUUAAAGAAACGUCAAUCAGUAGUCAAACUUUUAAUCUAAAUUUUUAAUUGUGAGUUGGAUUCUUGGAUUGGUAUAUCUGCACUUUGAUCCUAACGGAGUAUAUCUUCUGAAGUUCAUCAUCAUAGUAAAUAAUUUCACAAGAUGCUCUGUAAUAGAACUAGACACCUAAUUUACCAGUUUUCUAGCCAAGCUAGAAGGCUUCAAAGUACUUUGGUAAUAGCUGAACAUGACAACAAAAGUCUAUCUCCAAUCACACAAAGUGCUAUCACAGCAGCAAAAAAAUUAGGUGGUGAUAUUACAGUCCUUGUAGCUGGUGAACAAUGCAAACCGGCAGUCGAAGCUAUAGCAAAAGCUUCAGGAUUAUCAAAAAUCUUAAUAGCGGAAAGUGCAGCCUUCAAAGGAUUCACUCCAGAAAGUUUAGCACCUCUUGUAGUGGAUAUACAGAAGAAAUCUAAUUUCACACAUAUUGUUUCUGGAGCUUCUGCAUUCGGCAAAGCAUUACUCCCUAGAAUAGCAGCAACACUGGAUGUUUCUCCUGUAUCUGACAUAAUAGGUGUUCAAUCUGCUGACACUUUUGUAAGAAGCAUAUAUGCAGGUAAUGCAAUCCAGACUGUAACAGCUACAGAUCCUAUCAAGGUCAUCACAAUACGUGGUACUAACUUUGAAGCUGAUAACUUGGAAGGUGGAUCAGUAGCUCAAGAAACAGUAGCUGCUGAUUCUUAUAAAACAGAUUCAACAGAAUUUAUAAGUCAGGAGUUGAGCAAGUCUGAUCGACCAGAUCUCUCAAGUGCUAGUGUUGUUGUAAGUGGAGGUAGAGGAUUGAAAUCUGGAGAUAAUUUCAAGUUAUUGUACGAUUUAGCUGAUAAAUUGAACGCAGCUGUAGGAGCCUCUAGAGCCGCUGUUGACGCAGGUUUUGUACCAAACGAUUUACAAGUUGGUCAAACAGGAAAAAUUAUUGCCCCUGAUCUAUAUAUUGCUGUUGGUAUAUCAGGUGCUAUACAACAUUUAGCUGGAAUGAAAGAUAGCAAAACUAUAGUUGCAAUCAACAAAGACCCUGAAGCACCCAUUUUCCAAGUAGCUGAUUACGGAUUGGUAGCAGAUCUAUUCAAAGCUGUGCCUGAACUAACAGAAAAAUUGAAGUAAUUUGUUUUAUUAUGAGAUUUUAUAUUUUUAGAAUUUACCAGAAAUAUAUAUAUUUUGAGAAGUAA